AUUCGUUUCAUUUUAAUAGCAUUUCUUUAGAGUAUUUCUUUUUCCUUAGAAAAAACACCUAAUCCGAAUACUGAAUUUCCAUGUAGCGUUUAUAAUUCCUCAUUUCCAUUAGGUGACCUUUAAGGCAUUUUUUUAAUAUUCGUGUAUGUAAGCUCAACUUUGUUCGCCCUCAAUAUUAAAACAAUCAUAGCGAUGUAUUUAAUAUAUCUAUAAUAUUACUGUUUUGUGUCCAUAUCCAGGCCAUGGCAGGAUUAAUAGAAAUCGUUCUUGCCCUGGUUGUCGGGUACGGACUUUGGAAUGUUGUCCCAGUCCUGUGGAGGUAUUACACCUUCUGUCAACUUAUCAAACCAUUUAAGUCGUCAUACAAGCCUCACUGGUUUUGGGGACACCUCAGAUACUUUACAGAUACAACGUCGCUAAGCGACACAUUUGCAACAAUGAUGGAGAAGGACACAAUGAAGAUGUCAGUGAACUGGAUUGCGUUCAUUCCUAAUUUACAGGCCAUACAUCCGGACACCGCCGCAAUCAUUCUGAAGUUGUCGGAACCAAAACCAAAGGGCAGGGGUCAACCGUACAGUCUUUUUCUGCCAUUUAUUGGUGAGGGCUUAGUUGUCAGUAGUGGCCAAAAGUGGGAGCGGAACCGGAAGUUGCUGACACCUGCAUUUCAUUUUGAUGUUCUGCGUCCUUAUGUUAACAUAUACAAUGACGUUGCAGACACUUUGUUGGACAAAUUUGCAAAGCAAAUGUCAGAAAGUCCCAACAGCAUUGAAAUUACGGACCAUAUAAACAAAGCAACUUUGGAUGUUAUACUGCGCUGCUCUUUGUCCUAUGAAGGGAAUAUUCAGGAACAGGAGAAUCACCCUUAUAUUGAAGCCAUCCACGAGAUUACAAGACUUACCAUUGAAAGAGUCAGAAUACCAUGGCACUUUUUGUCCUGGGAACUUUUUAAGAGGUCUGCCAAUGGGAGGAACUACUUGAAACACGUCAAUUACAUACAUGGAUUUGCUGACGAAAUCAUUGAAAAGAGAAGGAAGGCUUUAGCAGAUGACCCGUCGAUACUCCAGAGGAAACGGAAGCUGGAUUUCCUGGAUAUCUUAAUGACAGCCAAGGACGAACAAGGUGCUGGACUGACAGACAUGGAAAUUCGUGACGAGGUUGAUACCUUUAUGUUUGGAGGACAUGAUACUACAAAGGCAGCUUUGUCGUGGGCUAUAUACAACCUUGGGAAGUAUCCAGAGGAGCAGGACAAACUUUUUCAUGAGGUGUGUGAAGUCACUGGAGUCCGCAAGAACAUUGAGUGGGAAGAUCUUGGGAAACUUCAAAAGAUGACAAUGUUCCUUAAGGAGAAUUUAAGGAUGUAUCCGCCGGGACUGACAACUUCCCGACUUCUUACGAAGCCACUAGACAUAGAAGGAGUGACUAUUCCUGUCGGAUCACUAAUCUCAGUCAAUAUGAUGGCCAUUCACUAUCGACCGGAUAUCUUCCCAAACCCAACCGAAUUUCGACCUGACAGAUUCCUUCCUGAAAAUACAGAAAACAGACAUCCGUACGCCUUUCUGCCAUUCUCAGCCGGACCGAGAAAUUGUAUUGGACAAAACUUCUCUAUGAACGAACAAAGAGUAUUUUUGUCUAGAUUACUUAAGAGGUUCAAAGUUGUGCUGGACGAGGAUCACGAAGUCUACCCUAUACCUACGCUAAUUUCCCGGCCAAAAAAUGGCAUUAAAGUGUGGUUUGAAGAGAGAUGAAGACUACAUAUCUUCAGAAGAUGCCCUAAUGCCAUACGUUCUCGAGUGUCAUGGAUGGUUCAUUUGAAAGUGUUUGCACAGAGUUUUUAACUCGUUAAAUGUGUACCUAUAUAUUUCUUCAAAUAUCUCCCUUUGAAACAUUCUUUGCGAUUAACAGACUAUUUUUUUUAACUAUUUGUAAAGUUUUCUUCUCUCAUUAUAUGUAUUUCUAUAUCUCUACGAUAAUCCCCUUUGUAACCUUUUUUUGGUUAACAAGACUGUUGGUUUUAAGUAUCAUUAAAGGGUUCUUCGCGUUAAUACUAAAACGAGGAUUUUUUUGUGCUGUGGGGAGUAAAUAAACUUUAAAAUUUCCAGAACUAUUGCAAAUACGCAAGUUUGCACUCUCAUUUUUUAAAAGUCACAACGUGAAAAUUUAAAACUUUUACAAUAUUAAAUGAUAGGUACAAAAUAAUCAUGACUAGAGUAAAAAUCACUCUGAAUGUUUAUAUUGAUUUAGAAUGUGAUUCUUAAAAUUGCUUUAUUUAAUUAAUACAGUGGCCAUAUAAACGAUUGCCAUGAUUUAAAUUGCUUAAUUUUAUAACUAAGUUUUAGCUUGACAUUUGUUUGUAUGUUGGAUAAAAAUGAAUUUAGCGCAUUGAUGUAGUUUGUUCACGACAUUGCCAUUCCUUUUACUCUCUGCAUUAAAACGUUGAAGAUAUGAUUGAGAAGAAUAAAGGAAGCUAUGGAUUUUAAAAUUUAAUAAAGCAGGUUUUCACGGUCUGAUGACCAGGUAAAAUUUGGUUGGGUCAGUACAUAAGUUCUUUCAAAUAUUCUUAGAUCAUUGUAUGGAACCAUUUAAACGCAAUUAAAGAGAAUUUAAAUUUAAUUGAAAUAUUUUCCUAGAAGGUUUUAUCUAGGUAGUUCAGGUCAAGGCAAACCUUAUCUUGUUUUAGGCUUAGAUAUGGAACCAAAUACAAAAUACAAUACAAUACAUACAAUAAGAGGCUUUUACGUUACAAUAUAUGCCCAGGAAGGACAGCAUUUAACUGCAAUAAAAUAAAAUUCAAAAUUCAUUAAAACAUUUUGAGCGAGGCUUAUAUCUACUUUAUUUACUCUGUAUUCGAAUCUGUAUCGUUAGUGAUGCAGCUGUAAAAUACUUUUUGUUUCUGUGAAAUGUACAUCUUUUUAACAUUUACACUUUUGUUGUUAUUAGAGUAUGAAUUUGAAGAUUGUCAACAAACAGAAAUAGUUAACAUUGACCACCGGACCACCCAAAGUCGAUGGGGAUGGGGUGUCACCAUGUGCCGACGCAAAAUUCUUAUACUUUUGCCACAUUCAAUAUGAAGUCACUUAAAAUUGGUAUUUUUUAAAAACCCUUCCAUUAAGAUUCAGCUCCAUGUGGUUCGCGGUAAUAUUAGCCCGCUGCCAGUGUAAUAUGACUGAGUAGCGUGUCACAAUACCUUGACAAGAUUAUGACGUAUCAGUUAAAUAAGUACUAUGGUCCUUCAAAGUAUCCAGGAGUAACUACAUCAUCUCCCGACACCGUCGUCGUAUGACAUUGGCUCUUGCAAGGACUGAAUUAUCUUGACAAACAAGCAAACGUUUUAAAGUAAACGGUAAACUCCACCACCAGAUGUAUAUAUUAUCUAAGCGAUUUCCUAUCAAGUAUGUCGCUCAAUU